UUUCCCACCGGCCCAGUUUCCUCCGACGAGUUUGCCACCAUUCCGCGUCAUCCAGUCGCCCAUCCUGCCAGUCUCUCUCAGCUCCAUCCUGCUCCCAGAUCAGCAGCGGCUGCUCCCGGCCCACAGCAAUACCGUCAGCACCAUAACCCCGCGCCAUGAUCGUUGGACUGGUCGGACCCCCGAAAUCGGGCAAGACAGCAGUGGCAUCGUUCUUGCUCAAGCACCUGGGCUUCUGCCAGAUCUCGCUGGCGACGCAGCAGGACGGCCUCCCCGCCAUCGAGGAUGAUGCCCACAUUGUCGUGGCCACCGCCGAGGCCCUGAUGGAUCACAUCACUCAGAACUGGACCCACAACUUUGUCCUGGAUGGCAUCGAGAGUCUGUCGCUGAUCGAGACCCUGUCGAUCCGUCCGUUCUUCCUGCUGGUAUCCGUCGACUCGCCCAUCUCCAUGCGCCUUGCUCGCCAGCUCCCCGACCCGAUGCAGCACAGAGACCCGGGGCAGCUGCUCCAGUUCAUGAGCCAGGACGACGACUGGAAGUUUGGCAAGACCAACGGCAAGGAGUGCAUGGAGCGGUCGGCCCUCAAGAUCGUCAAUGCCGAGACCUUGGCGAGUCUCUAUGCGCAACUGCAGCGCCUCGACAUCACCAACCCCAUCCGACUGCGACCCUCCUGGGACACUUACUUUAUGAAGCUAUGCAAUCUCGCGGCGACCCGAUCGAAUUGCAUGAAGCGGAGAGUCGGCUGCAUCCUCGUCCGCAACAACCGCAUCAUUGCCACAGGAUACAACGGCACCCCGAGAGGUGUGCGCAACUGCAACGAAGGCGGAUGCGACCGCUGCAACCACGGCGCCUCCAACCACUCGCUCGAUACCUGCCUGUGUCUGCAUGCCGAGGAAAACGCCUUGCUCGAAGCCGGCCGAGAGCGAGUUGAUUCUGGCGUCGGCCAUGCCAUCCUCUACUGCAACACCUGCCCGUGUCUGGGAUGCGCCAAAAAGAUCAUCCAGGUCGGUAUCCGCGAAGUCAUCUAUGCGCUGGGCUACAAGAUGGACGACAUGACGGCCAAGCUUUUCGACUCGGCCGGUGUCCAGCUGCGACAGCAUGUUGUCGCUCCGUGAAUGACCUUCGCGAGAGUGAAUCGGAUACUCGGCAAUGCGUGGAGAUCCAGCAAUGUUUCUACCGGAGGGCUGGAGCACAUACAGUCGAGAUCCUUGAAAUGGAAUAGAACUCCAAUGCAGCUCCCGU